CUUAUAUGAGCUCUGUGUAUAAGAAGCGUCUGUGAUGGGAGCGCAGUCCCCACUGCAGCAUCUCCCCUGUGAUAGCAUUUUGUGCUGAGGGCAUCAAGUUGCUGCAUGAGGAGACAGUUGUGUCAUUCCAGGCUGCGUCCUCACUGAUCCGGCUGACAAUGCUGAGACACAGGACAAAUGCGCAGACAUGUACCCCGUGGAGUCUCUUUCUGCUGCUGGCCGCUGCUCACAUGCAUCCUGCUGGGGCCUUCUGGCUCCUGGAUGUCCUGUUUCCUCCCAGCAUCACCCCCAAAGUCGCCCUGAGCAACAACAGCUCUCCGGUGGUGCUAGUACCAGGAUGCUUUGGAAAUCAGCUUGAAGCAAAAGUGGACAAGGAGGAGGUAGUGAACAGGAUGUGCUACCACAAAACCGAGGAUUAUUUCACGCUGUGGCUGAAUCUAAAUAUGUUCCUUCCACUAGGAAUAGACUGCUGGAUCGAUAACAUACGAGUUGUCUACAACAAGACCACCAGAAUGGCAACGAAUGCUCCGGGUGUUGACGUCCGCGUCCCUGGCUUUGGAAAAACAUUUUCUGUUGAAUAUCUGGAUAAAAGCAAGUUAGCUGGUUAUUUUCAUACCCUUGUACAAAACUUGGUAAAUAAUGGUUACGUGAGAGAUGAGACAGUCCGUGCCGCUCCCUAUGACUGGCGAAUUGCUCCCAAUGGCCAGAAGGAAUACUUUGAGAAGCUGAGGCACCUGGUGGAGGAGAUGCAUGACGAAUAUAAGAGGCCUGUCUUCCUGACCGGCCACAGCCUGGGCAAUCUCUAUCUGCUUUAUUUCCUCAAUCACCAGCCCCAGCAGUGGAAACAGAAGUAUAUCAAAGGGUUUAUAUCCCUGGGAGCCCCAUGGGGAGGCGCAGUGAAGCCGCUGCUAGUGCUGAUGUCAGGAGAUAGUCAUGGAAUUCCAAUGGUUUCAAAUAUCAAAAUUCGAGAAGAGCAGCGAAUGACCACGACCAACCCUUGGAUGCUCCCUACAAACCUGGCAUGGCCAGAAUCACAUGUGUUUAUUUCUACCCCAUCGUAUAACUAUACAUACAAGGACUAUCAGAAGUUCUUCUGGGACAUUGACUUUGAAGAUGGCUGGUACAUGUGGGAGGAUACGAAGGGUCUGAUUGAAGGGCUUCCUCCCCCAGGGGUGGACAUAUAUUGUAUCUAUGGCAGUGGCCACCCUACUGCAGAGACCUAUGUGUAUGGGGAGGGUUUCCCCAAUGAGCCGCCGGUUGAUAUCCUGUAUUCUGAUGGGGAUGACACUGUACACAAGAGGAGUAUGGAGCUGUGCAAACGCUGGAAGGACCAGCAGAAGGAGAAGGUCCAGGUCUAUGAGCUACAGGGACUGGAUCACCUCAGCAUUGUCUUCAGCAACCGAACAUUAAAUAUUAUCAAUGAGAUCUUGUUGGGGAACGACCUGUAGACCGUGGUCAGGUUCCGGAGAUAUCCUGCAACUGCUACAGCAUCAUGAACUUUGCAGCAGGAUACAAUUUAUUUCCACUUGUAUAAUAAACCACGUCCUUAUGCUGA